AUGUGGCCCCAACCCUACCUCCCUCCCCACCCCAUGAUGUUAGAAGAAACUCGACAGAAAAAAUUGGCAGCAGCCAAGAAAAAGCUAAAAGAAUAUCAGCAGAGGAACAGCCCUGCUGUUCCAGCAGGAGCGAAGACAAAAAAGAAAAAAACUGGCAGUAGCCCUGAGACAACCACUUCUAGUGGUUGCCACUCACCUGGGGAUAUCCAGUACCAAGAACUAGCAACAGCCCUGCAGUCAAGCUCCAUGACAAUCAAUCAACUCAAUGAAAACAUAGAAUCAUUGAUAAGAAAACAGCAGAAGGAACAACCGGAACAUCAGCUGGAAGAAGCAAAGAAAGCAAACAAUGAAAUACACAAAGCACAAACGGAGCAGUUAGAGGCAAUCAACAUCCUCACGUUGGAAAAGGAAGACUUGAAGACCGCCCUUUACCAUACUAAACGUGCUGCCCGACACUUCGAAGAAGAGUCCAAGGAUCUGGCUGGCCGCCUGCAAUACUCCUUACAGCGUAUUCAAGAAUUGGAGCGGGCUCUCUGUGCUGUGUCUACACAGCAGCGGGAAGAGGACAGGUCCUUGAGCUGCAGUGAAGCGAUCCUCCAGCGGCGGUUACAGCAGACCCUAAAGGAGCGGGCGCUGCUGAACGCCCAUGUAACACAGGUGACAGAGUCACUUAAACAAGUCCAUCUACAAAGAGAGGAGUAUGCACAUUGUAUAAAAGCAGAGAGGGCCCGGUGGCAGGAGAGGAUGAGAAAAAUCUCGGUGGAGACUCUCCUAUUGAAGGAGGAGAAGAAGCGCGACAUACAUCGGAUACAGGAGCUGGAGAGGAGCUUGUCCGGACUCCAAAACCGGAUGGCUGAGCCCCCAUCCCUGGCGCCCCCAGCAGUGACCUCUGUGGUGGAGCAGCUACAGGAUGAGGCCAAACAGCUGAGGAAGGAGGUGGAGGUACUGGAGGGAAAGCUCCAAUCCCAGGUGAAAAACAAUCAGGCCUUGAGUCUCCUGAGCAAGGAACAAAAGCAGAGGCUCCAGGAGCAGGAGCAGAGGCUCCAAGAGCAGGAGGAGCAGAGGGCGCGGGAGCAGGAGAGACUGUGUCAACAAAAGGAAAUGCUACGGGAGCAGGGCAAGAGGCUGCGAAAGCAGGAGCAGAGGCUGCGAAAGGAGGAGGAAAGGCUGCGAAAGGAGGAGGAGAGGCUGCAAAAGGAGGAGGAAAGGCUGUGGGUCCAGGAAGAGAGGCUGUGGGAGAAGGACGAGAGGCUACAGAAGCAGGAGGAGAGGCUGCGAAAGUGGGAGGAGAGACUCGCGCUCUCCCAGAACCACAAGCUCGACAAGCAGCUGGCCGAGCCACAGCGCGGCUUCGAGGAUCUGAACAACGAGAACAAGAGCGCAGUGCAUUUGGAGCAGGGAGUAAUGGAGCUGCAGGAGAAGCUAGACGAGGAGCACCUAGAAGCUGCCAGCCAGCGGAACCAACUGCUGGAGACCCAGUUGAGCCUCAUGGCUCUCCCUGGAGAAGGAGAUGGAGAACAUCUGGGCAGUGAGGAGGAGGAGGCGCCUCGGCCCACGCCAAACAUCCCGGAGGACCUGGAGAGCCGGGAGGCCACAAGCAGCUUUAUGGACCUCCUGAAGGAGAAGGCGGACGGGAAGGAGCAGGUGGAGAAACUAGAGCUUGAAGUCAUCCAGCCCUCUGGAGCGACAGAUGGCAUGAGAGAGUCCUUCACCGUAUAUGAAAGCCAGGGGGCAGUGCCAAACACGCGGCACCAGCAGAUGGAGGAUGUCAUCAGGCUGGCCCGGAACAAGGAGGAGAUCAAGGUGAAGCUGCUGGAGCUGCAAGAGCUGGUGUUGCCCCUUGUGGGCAACCACGAGGGUCAUGGCAAAUUCCUCACCGCUGCCCAGAACCCUGCUGAUGAGCCCGCUCCAGGGGCCCCAGCCCCCCAGGAACUUGGGGCUGCCGGUGAGCAGGAUGAUUUUUAUGAGGUGAGCCUGGACAACAGCGUGGAGCCUGCACCAGGAGCGGCCAGGGAGGGUUCUCCCCAUGACAACCCCACUGCACAGCAGAUCGUGCAGCUGCUUCCUGUAAUGCAGGACACCCAGGAGCACCCACGCUUGCCUAGCAAACCCUGCGUGCCAUUCUUUUACCGGGCAGCCGAGAACAGGGAGACAAACAUCAUCAUCAUCUAAGAGCUGGUCAAGAAAUUUAAAAACAACAACAAAAAGUGAUGGGGUUAAUCUCCUACACAAUUCAUUUACUCCAUUUGAAUGUUAGAGCCACUCACAUUUAUUUGUGUUUCUAAUUUACUGUUUAA